AUGAGUAGAGCUAGAAAUGAGAAGAAGUCUCCAAUGGAGCAACAGGAGGAGGAAGGGGAAGUAGGAGUGGGGUCGCUGUUGCCGUUUGCAACGGACAGCUCAAUGGAGGUGUAUCAGAUCAUCGACCUAUUCGACUCCUGUUUCAAGCACAUUCUCAACGCGCCCGAUUUAAAGGGAUUCAUCCAGCAAGUCAAAGGUGAUCUAUAUCGCCGCGAUUAUCUCGAGGCAUUUGCCAACGAUGACAAAAGGUUUGCAUAUGCUUCGCGCUGGACACCUGCCAGGUCCCUAGCUUACGCUUCUUUGUUUUCCAGCUUGAAACCAGUCGCCGAUUUGCUUGGCGACAAGGAAAAGAAGAUAAAAGCCCUAUGUGUCGGUGGAGGGGCUUCUUCGGAGUUGGUGGGGUUGGCUGCUGUGUUUUGCCGGUUGAAGGAAUACAACCCAAAUUCGCCUUCUCGAUUGGAACUCACCGUGGUUGACAUUGCCAAUUGGUCAGUGGUGGUGGACAGAAUCACAUCGUAUGUGCAGCAAAACUGGUUGUACCAGCAGGACAGGUUGCACACCAAAUUUGUCAAUGCCGAUAUCUUGGAUAUCGAUUUGAGUUCACUAGAGUUGAGUAACACCGACUUGAUAACCUUGAUGUUCACCACGAACGAAUUGUUCUCGGAAAAGAGAAAGGAAACCAUCAAGUUCUUACUGGCGCUAAACAUGCAAUGCAAGAGCGGCGCGUUGCUUCUACUAGCAGAAAGCGCCGGUUCAUUUCUGAAUAUCACCGUUGGAGGGAAACAGUUUCCCGUCCAGUUCUUGGUGGACACUAUAUUGAUUGGCAAAUUGGGCAGCAAAGAAAAUAACAGUGGAGCCUGGGAGAUUGUUUCGCAAAGCGAUAGUGUGUGGUAUCGAAUACUUGAAAAGGAAGUUUCGUAUCCUUUGAAGCUAGAGAAUAUGAGAUUUUUUUAUAGAUUGUAUAGAAAGAAAUAG